UGGCAGGGUUGGGACAUGAUAUCCUCCCGAAAUUACUACUCGCAGUGUGUUGGCCUGAUUGCAAGAGCCAUGAUCGAGUUUGAGAACCCUCAGCUCCCUGCAGUUUUCAGAGAGGCCGUCACCAUUGUCCAAAGUGAGAAGGAGGAGGAGGAGCAGAGAAAUAUCGCCAUGACAUUCUGCACUGAGUUUCUCCAGAGUCCUUCCAUUGAGACGAUAUUGACAAAAUCAGAGCUCCAGGCGCAGCUCAUGGAAUGGACCCAAGACAAAAAUCCCAUUGUACGUAGGCUCAGUCUGCGAGUCCUUGGCAGUAUUGUGCUCCAGACAGAAAAGGUGCAAUCAUUACGGGCCCAGCUACCAGCGAUUGAGGACAUGUUGUGUGACAGGGAUGGAGGGCAUGUCAUGGGGGCAAUGCAUAAAGCUGCAGACAUCAUCUACCUCCUCAACGGGGAGGGGCUUGGCUCCAUCUCCGAGAACAUUGCCGUCAGCCUUCGCCCCUUCAUUGACGAUGUAAGGCUUGGAACCGCAGGAUAAGCCCAUUCACCCUCUCCGCCUGUCUCUGAUGCCCUUGUCUCUCUCUCCCCAUCCCCUUGCCUCCUGCCCCUCAGCCCUACCAUGGAGCCUCCUCAGUGCCAUGCUUCCAGCCCCUGCUGGAGCCUGGCCUGGGGGAGAGGGGGCCUGGCACUGGGCAGAUGAUCAGCUGUCUGGAGAACACAGGCCCCAAAGAGGUGGAGAUUCCCAGCAGGAAAGAGGUGGGUCAGGAAUGGCCCAGUUCUCAGGGGCACCGACGAACAAAAGUAAUGCAGUGUUUUGUAGCAGCACCUCCCUGCAAGGCUCCAGCAGCUGCUCCUCCCCUUCCCCAGACCGGUCUCCAGCAGCCUUCCCUCUCUCUCCCCUAAUCUUCUAGGGGUCUAGGAUUCUGUGCUCUCCAGACAGACAUUGCGUCUAGGACACCAUGGGGCUGCACUGCCCUGCACAGCAUCUCAGGCCCUGUUCUGCACAAAAUGUCUAUGGCGCUGGCCUGGUGGCCUCACUGCUCCUGCGAGCCAAGUCAGUUAAGACGGGGGGAACCGGAGCAGCGUGCAGAUUAUGACUGUCAUGUUAUGCUCUGAUACUGCCUGGCUUUAACCGGGCUUCCCCAUUCCCUGUGUGUCACUGCCAGGAGAGGGCAGUGUGCCUCCGCUGCCAUUUUACUGCUUGUCAACAUGGUGAGCAGCGUGAAGCACCCGGUGUGAUAAACUCAGGACAGACAGCUUUA